AUGAGAACUCAGUCAUGUGGAACCCCAGGGACCUACCUCGCUGAGGGCUUCUGCAGGGCCCAGCACCACCCACAGCACCAUCCACCCCAGUACCACCCCAGUACCACCCCCAGUACCACCCCCAGUACCAUCCCCAGCACCAUCCACCCCCAGUACAACCCCCAGUACCACCCCCAGUACCACCUCCAGUACCACCCCCAGUACCACCCCCAGUACCACCCCCAGUACCACCUCCAGUACCACCCCCAGUACCACCCCCAGUACCAUCCACCCCCACACCACCACCCCCAGUACCACCUCCAGUACCACCCCCAGUACCAUCCACCCCACAGUACCACCCCCAGUACCACCCCCAGUACCACCUCCAGUACCACCCCCAGUACCAUCCACCCCCAGUACCACCCCAGUACCACCCCCAUACCACCCCCAGUACCACCUCCAGCACCACCCCCAGUACCAUCCCCAGCACCAUCCACCCCAGUACCACCUCCAGUACCACCACCCAGUACCAUCCACCCCCAGUACCACCCCCAGUACCACCCCAGUACCACCUCCAGUACCACCCCCAGUACCACCCCCAGUACCAUCCCCAGCACCAUCCACCCCCAGUACCACCUCCAGUACCACCCCCAGUACCAUCCACCCCCAGUACCACCCCCAGUACCACCCCCAGUACCACCUCCAGCACCACCCCCAGUACCACCCCCAGUACCACCCCAGCACCAUCCACCCCAGUACCACCCCCAGUACCACCCCCAGUACCAUCCCCAGCACCAUCCACCCCCAGUACCACCCCCAGCACCAUCCACCCCCAGUACCACCUCCAGUACCACCCCCAGCACCAUCCACCCCCAGUACCACCCCCAGUACCACCCCCAGUACCAUCCCCAGCACCAUCCACCCCCAGUACCACCCCCAGUACCAUCCCCAGCACCAUCCACCCCCAGUACCAUCCCCAGCACCAUCCACCCCCCAGUACAACCUCCAGUACCACCCCCAGUACCACCCCCAGUACCACCCCCAGUACCAUCCCCAGUACCAUCCCCAGUACCAUCCACCCCCAGUACCAUCCCCAGCACCAUCCACCCCCAUACCACCCCCAUCCCCCCCCACACCAACCACCCCCAUACCACCUCCAGUACCACCCCCAGUACCACCCCCAGCACCAUCCACCCCCAGUACCACCUCCAGUACCACCCCCAGUACCACCCCCAGUACCACCCCCAGUACCAUCCCCAGUACCAUCCACCCCCAGUACCAUCCCCAGUACCAUCCACCCCCAGUACCACCCCCAGUACCAUCACCAGUACCAUCCACCCCCAGUACCACCCCCAGUACCAUCCACCCCCAGUACCACCCCCAGUACCAUCCCCAGUACCAUCCACCCCCAGUACCAUCCCCAGUACCACCCCCAGCACCAUCCACCCCCAGUACCAUCCCCAGUACCAUCCCCAGUACCACCCCCCAGCACCAUCCACCCCCAGUACCACCUCCAGUACCACCCCCAGUACCACCCCCAGUACCAUCCCCAGUACCAUCCACCCCCAGUACCAUCCCCAGUACCAUCCACCCCCAGUACCACCCCCAGUACCACCCCCAGUACCAUCACCAGUACCAUCCACCCCCAGUACCACCCCCAGUACCAUCCCCAGUACCAUCCACCCCCAGUACCAUCCCCAGUACCACACCCCAGCACCAUCCACCCCCAGUACCAUCCCCAGUACCAUCCCCAGUACCACCCCCAGCACCAUCCACCCCCAGUACCAUCCCCAGUACCACCCCCAGCACCAUCCACCCCCAGUACCAUCCCCAGUACCAUCCCCAGUACCACCCCCAGCACCAUCCACCCCCAGUACCAUCCCCAGCACCAUCCACCCCCAGUACCAUCCCAGUACCACCCACCAGUACCAUCCACCCCAGUACCAUCCCCAGCACCAUCCACCCCCAGUACCAUCCCCAGCACCACCCCAGUGGAUGGGGAGAUACAAUGUCCACCUGUAG